AGCCAUUCUUCACAAUCAUACGUUAGGUACGAACUUACGAACGAACAGAAAAAAAUAAACUAAAAAGUGUAUCUAGGCUCCGAUAUAAUAUAUUGACAAUCAAAAAGUGUACAACGGUAACCAAUUUGAAUAAAUGAUUUGAAUUUGAAUUCAUUAUCAUUUGUGCUACCUACAUAUCCGUUUAUUUACUAUCACCAAUUAUCAUAUUACGGCUUUAUUUAGUUCAGUAGUUGUUGGCUGAUAACAGAGUCAUGUUGUUAACAAGAGUGCUGAGUAAAGUGAUUGAGAAGAGAGUGUUUUCCAUUAAAAUGAAACACAUUUGGACUGUGGAUAAGAUUGUGAGAUCGCCCUUUGAUGAUAUAGUUGUUCCUGAAGUUACGAUUACUGAAUAUAUGUGGAAGAAUCUGGAUAGGUGGUCCGAUAAAACUGCAUUGGUUUGUGGAGUUACUGAUAGGAAGUACAGCUACUUACAAUUAUACAAACAGUCUCAAAUAUUUGGGGCGAGUUUAAGAAAAAAAUUCAAAAUCAGAGAUGGAGAUGUCGUGUGCAUGAUGUUACCGAAUUCACCAGAAUUUCCGAUUGUCAUGUUAGGGAUACUCACUGCUGGGGGAAUUGUUGCUACAAUAAACCCAGUGUACACUGCUUAUGAAACUCAAAAACAAAUCAUAUCAUCCGAUGCGAAAUUAAUUAUUACUGAUGCAGGAAAUAUAGUAACAGUAAAAGAAGCUUUAAAGCAGAGUAAGUUAAAUUUACCAGUUAUAGCUAUCGAUAUCGAGAAAGAUCGCCCUGAGGAAACUGUUUCCUUUAAGGAACUUAUUAAUGACACUCAUUUGGAUAAAGAUGUUUUGAAAGAGGUUAAAAGAUCAGCUCAAGAUGUAUCCCUUUUGCUGUUCUCGAGUGGUACAACAGGACUUCCCAAAGCUGUUGAAUUGACGCACAGAAAUAUUGUUGCUAACUGCGAACAACAAAAUGAAAAGCAGAUCCAAAAGUGUAAUGAUACUACUGCAACAAAUCAAGACAUAGCCCUGGCUUACCUACCAAUGUUUCAUUCUUAUGGCAUAUCAGUAGUCACUCUACAUAAGCUGACAGCUGGUCUGAAACUAGUGACUCUUCCAAAAUUCCAACCAGAUACGUUUGUGAAUGCAUUGAAAAUACACAAAAUUUCUACAAUGUUCUUGGCUCCUCCCACAGUACUAUUCCUAGCGUCUAACCCUGAAGUGAAUGCGAAGCACUUUCAGAAGCUGCAAUAUGUUAUAGUGGGAGCAGCGCCUUUACCUCUAGCUGAUGCCGAGAGAUUUAUGAGUAAAGUGGACCACGAAAUGCACUUUAACCAAGGCUACGGCAUGACAGAAGCCUCACCCUUGGUGACAAUAACACCUAACAACUCUAAGAAUUACAGUGCAGUUGGCGUCGCUAUACCAAACUGCGAACUAAGAAUAGUCGACAGCAAUAUGAACAUAAUGGGUCCUAAUGAGUUGGGAGAGUUACUGAUCAAAGGACCGAACGUGAUGAAAGGUUAUAAAAAUAAUCCAAAGGCAAAUGCAGAUGUGUUUGUUGAUGGCUGGAUGAGGAGUGGUGAUUUAGCGAAGAUAGAUGAAGAUGGAUUUGUCACUGUAGCGGAUAGAUUGAAGGAACUAAUAAAGGUCAACGCAUACCAAGUUCCACCAGCGGAAUUAGAAGGCAUUAUCAGAGAACAUCCGUCAGUAUUCGAUGCAGCAGUAGUCGGGAUACCAGAUGAGAAGACAGGGGAAAAGCCUAAAGCUUUUGUAGUACUAAAUAAUGGUGCUAAAAUUAGUAACAAGGAUAUUAUGGAAUAUGUUAACGAGAGAGUGGCACCAUAUAAAAGGUUAAAAGAAGUUCAAUUCUUGGAUCUCAUACCGAAGAAUGCUUCUGGGAAAAUUCUGAGAAGAGUUCUCGCGGGACAGUAAAUUAAGAGUUAUAAAUAUAUUGGGUAAUAAGUUUUGUAACUGUUUUUAGAUAAGGCUACUGUUUUUUUUUAUUAUGACAAAAGGACAAGGUUAUAAACGUUUACAAAAACAGUUAGAUGUUUUAUUCAAAAACCACUCAAUUAUAAUCAAAUAUUAAUUGUAUUACGUUUUAAGGAAUUCGUCCUAAAGGUUUAAGGUAAAGGAUUUAAAGUAUGGGUUCCUUAGUGCGUUUGAACGCGGCGCAUACCGCAGUGCGUUUGUAUACAACAAAGUUGUAAGAACCCUGUAAUAUUUCAAUAGUAUUAAACAUUGCGAUGCGUUUAUACGCACCGUGGGACCUCUUUGUUGUAAGUUGUAAAAAAUACAAUAUAUUAUAUAAAGUCAA